UUUUAAACGGUUAACUGUUUAUAACGAUCGAUAUCGUUUGAAUUAAAUUAUGCCAUGUCUGUCAGUUCUUAAUUUUUGUAGGAUUUUUGUUGUGCCCUUUUGUUAAAAUAUAUCUUGACCAAACUUUACUGUAGGCUUUGUCGGCAAUUUCAAACAAGUUAUGACACAUAACCGAAAUACGAUACAUAUACCUACAAGACGCGUUUCUCCUUAAAUAUCUUAAUCCGGCAUUGUUUAAACAAUAAUUUUCAAUAUGUCGCGCAUUUUAUAGUUUUUAAGCGUCGAGGAUAAAACAUUAGAAGGUGCGGAUCAUGAUGAAUAUCCUUAGUCUCAAGAAGAAAUUCACUGAUGUCCUGUUCUUGGACAGGUUUUCUCAAUCCUGUUUCUUAUUCGGACUUGUGGGAAUAGCUACAUUCGGGAUACUUUUCGCUAUACCGUACAUGUACAAUGACUUCAGCGAAAAAGUUGUGUUGUUUGCGCGUGCUUUUGGAGUAUUUCUUGCAUUCCAAAUGCUUAUAAACUGGUUUUGUAUGAAAUUUGUGGACAACGGAUACAAUCCAGAUCGUGACGGUACGAUGCCGGAUGGAAUACAAAUGGGUCAGAAUAUUAGUCGUAUCCCAGUAGCAGACAGCAAACAAACAAGCAGAAACAAUAGAAGAAGCCAAAGUGAUCUGAACACGUUAAAUAAACGAAAUGUAGGGAGUGUGAUGUAUGUUGCUUCUGAACUACCAAAAACUGCUGAAGAACAGCCGAAACGGACAACUUACCCAUAUUUCUCAUGGACGCCAUGUUUGCGAUGCAACAGACCGCGUCCCCCAAGGUGCCACCAUUGCCCCCAGUGUAAUGUUUGUGUUUUAAAGCGGGACCAUCACUGUCAUUUCGCAGGCGCUUGCAUUGGGUACAAGAAUCUUAGACAUUUUUCAGUGUUCUUAUUUUGGGCGUCAGUCGCCACCGUGUUUUCAACUUUACACGCUGUGCCAUAUUAUUAUUACCACGUGAUACAAAACACGAGCUUUUUCGACUUGAUAUUUCCGGUUGCUAUUGCACGAUCGGCACUUGGAUAUAUAAGCUGGAAGAACGCAUUUUUCAUAGUGCUUUCAUGGAUUCUGGUUACAUUUUUAUAUUGGGCGACUUCAUUCCUACAAAUUGUUGUAGAUUUAAUUAGAUUAGGAAAAACAACUUUCGAAAGAGACCACAAGAUGGAACUUACAGAUAAAAGAUGCCUCUCGGAUAAACUGAGAUCUGUGUAUGGAAAUUACUGGAUAUUGAAUUUCAUUAUACCGCUCCAUUUUGUGUUCGAACCUAUAGAUGAUCCAUUGAACUGGCCAUACAUAAAGGCCUGACAUUUUCCCAAGUGUUUUUCAGAUUAGAUGAAACUUGACGGUUUCCUUUUACUUGUAUCAAGACCGGUAUAAAAAAAAAGUCAGUGACAAAUGUUCUCAGAUAUGGGGAAGAAGGGAUAGGGAUGGGGAGUGGAGGGGUAAUCCUAGUCACUUUUCGGCUAUAUUGACUUUACAAAAUACGUUUUGUGCAAUUUUAUUUUAUGCCUCUGUGUAGUGUUUGUAUGGUGUGUUUGCCUGGCUUCGCACACUCUAUCUUUAGUUCAUAUUUAAGUUUAUUUUAUAAGUUUUGCAAUUCUUGUGUGAGGUGACACAGUAUUUUCCACAGAAGGAUGAAACGCCUUCCUUACAGCUUCGCCUAAACAACUGUAUCUUAAAAGACUUAUUUUUGGACGAUUUAAUAAAAUCAUGUUUAAGAUUAUAAAUGCAUAUUUUGUACAUUAUAACAUGCAACUAUUACAUUUUAGUGAGGUUGAUAUGAGGGUUUAUCGACCUCGGAAUAGUGAUAUUGACCGAGCUAAGUUGAUAUCACUUUUCCCAUGCGAUCAAUCCUAAUACUGAACGUCGACAGUUGUAUCAUGAAAUCGGUUGGUAUUUUAGAGAGUGGGUGAGUUGGGUUUUACGGCGAAUCGACACAAAAUGGUCAUAUAUCGGCGAUGUAUUUUAGUGUAAUUGCCUAAUUGCCUUAAUAAUGUAAUGUCAGAAAAUCAUAUUUAAAGGAGGAUUUUUUGUUUGUUCGGCUCUUGAGUCAAUAUCACUUUUAUAACUAAUCAUGUGAUUGCUUUCAGGCCAAUGGAAAUGACAAUAAAAAUAAAUUUGAAAAUAUUA